CUGUAAGUUCAAUAGCACCAGGGCGGGGACAGGACAGGAGCAAUCAUGCUCACUUACACUGUUUACACAGAUAUUCACAGACAGGGUUGUUCUUCUAGAGAACGGUGUUCCACGGAGCCUCCAGUCCUCUCUAACCCCCGUCUCUCCCUGGAGUGAGCCACAGGUCGCCAACAACUCAAAAGUCAGAGGUCACCUCUUAACGCGGGACUACCAAUUACGGAGCGUGUGCAAGGACUUUCAUCGUAUCCAUGGCAAUGAUCUUCUCUGCGGAACAAGUGGCGUGCGUGUGCGAGGUCCUGUUGCAGAGCGGUCGUAUAGAUCGCCUGUCCAGCUUCCUCCGCACCCUCCCUCCUUCCUCCUCCUCUUUCUCAUGCUGCGUGGGGGGGCUGGAGAGCGUGCUGAAGGCCAGGGCGGCGGUGGCCUUCCACCAGGGUCGCUUCUCUGAGCUGUACUCCCUGCUGGAGGGUUUCCCCUUCUCCCCACGGAGUCACCCACUUCUGCAGCAGCUGUGGCUGCGCGCCCGCUACAUGGAGGCCGAGAGGCAGAGGGGGCGCCCCCUGGGGGCCGUGGGGAAGUACCGCGUUCGACGCAAGUUCCCUCUUCCUAGGACCAUCUGGGAUGGAGAGGAGACAAGCUACUGCUUUAAGGAAAAGUCUCGAGGUAUACUUCGGGAAUGGUACUACCGCAAAGCUUACCCCUCACCUCGGGAGAAACGGGAGCUAGCAGCUGCUACCGGUCUCACCGCCACUCAGGUGAGCAACUGGUUUAAGAACAGGCGGCAGAGGGACCGGGCAGCCCAGAGCAACACAGACAGCGGGGAUCAAGAAAGUUUUGAAUGUCCCAGAGACUUCCACCAUAUAAGGACACCCGCCUUUCCUGCGUCCGACACGGACCUCUCACCUCCUGGUAGCCCCAGACACCUCUUCUCUUGUCCCCCACGCCUCUCCCACCCCCCUCCCCUCAGGUACAUGUCAGGAGGAGCCUUGUGAUACCCUAAUCAUCACUGAGGAUUGUUAACGUUUACUAUUACAAGGCCAUUUUUUUAAUUAUGUGUUCAUGCUCGACUGCCAAUAUAGUUGAUGAAUGGUAUCGUGUAAAGGCUUUGCCAGAAUUAAA